AUGGAUCAUGGAGAAGACGAUGAAGACCAAGACGCACAGGAGCUCAAUGCCAUGAUGGCGCAGGGGCGGAAGCGGCUCGGGUUCUGCUGGGGUCGGCACGGCAACGAGUUCCUCCUCUGGAAGACGCAGCCGAGGAACGAACGCGAGCUGAAGCAGAAGCAGAAGCAGCCGCAGCCAGAGGCUCUCGGUCUCGACUCGGUAUGGACCGGUAACUUGGAGGCUCCGUUGGCCGAGACCCACAAGUUGUUCAGCGAGGCGCACACGGUCUUCUUGGAGCUCCAGAAGUUUGCUGUCGAGUUCAGCAACAAGCCCGAACUCAUGCGCGAGGCGACGAAGAAGAGCAGCAAGAACUACCGGGUUGUCAUCAAUAUCCUGAUCAACAAUCUGCAGCGGAAGCUGGAACGGCUCAACGGCAAGGUCGAGAUGGACGACGAGAGCGACAAAUCGGCGGAGCAGCUGAGGGAGGAGCUAGGCUCGCAGCUGGCCUUGUGGAAGAUUGCGGAGAUCGUGUGGCACUUGUGCGACAUCUUCUUCAUCUCCUCGAAGCCCGAAUCGGUCAUCACGGAGCCCCUGGUCACCUGGCUGCAGCACUUUGAUGUCAACAUCAACGGCGAAACAAAGAGCAAGGAGGAGCUGGACUAUCUCAUCCGCGAAAUAGUCUCCUCGCCCGCCCCGGAUCAGCACGACAGCUACUGGCCCGUCUUCUACAAACUGGUCCUGCGAGGCCAGAUUCUGAAGGCGCUGGAGCUGCUCUACGCCCACUCGGAGAGACGCACGCAGACACAGACGAAGCGACGUGUGGCCAAGUCCACCAAGAACAACAUCUGGCUCAAGACCGAGGUGCUGCUCAAGCACACGCCCGUGCUCCGCGAGGGCGAGUCCCUCAUGCAGUUCGAAGCCGACUGGGACCAGUGGCGCGCCGACUGCCGCUCNCUGCAGGCCCAGGCGGAGUCCAAGGGCGACGACGACCUGCUGGCCCUCUUUACGCUGCUCAGCGGAGACGAGGGAGCCCUGCGAGAUCUCAGCAGCAACUGGCAGGAGUUCCUCGUGGCCAGGCUGCUCUACGCCGAGCCCACGACCAAGAACGUUGAGUUCAGAUACCUCACCGAGCAGGCCACCCGACACUUCAGCCCGGCGAAGGACUCCUUCGACCAGAUCCUGCUCCACGUGAUGAACUUUGAGCCGUACGAGGCCGUCAAGGAGAGUUGGGAGCUCCUGCGCUGGUGGUUCGCCGCUCACCUGACGGACCUGCUCGCCCACGCCGGCCUCAUCGAAGACGUCCAACUCGACGAGGGGGGUAACAUGCGAGAAUACUUCCUCGUGGGCUUUGUGCGAGACGAGCUCCUAGCAUCGAACAAGACUCAGAGCAUGUGGCGCCUGGGGGUGAACUACCUGUCGUUCUGCCCCAGCUUUGGCACGGCCUACAUGAAACACCUGCUCGAACAGAUCCCGCUCGAGUCCGAAAAGCAGGCGUACAAGGCGCUUGCCGUGUGCGGGCAGCACAACCUGGUCGACCAAGCCAAGCUCCUCUACAUGAUCAUGGGCAUGCAGAAGUACCGGGAAAGGAGAUACGGAGCUUCGAUCCAGUGGUUCUUGCGAGCUGCUCACCACAGCCGAUUGUCGCAAGUGGCGAACAAGCUGGUGGACGAUUACUACCAGGGCAAGAGCAUCAACGCCGAUGAGGUCACGGCGGUGGUCGAGCAGUUGGACAAGGAUUUCAUCUUCUCCGAGCGGUUGGUGUUCUUGAGCAAGGUCAGAGAUCUCAACAUCUUCAAAGAGCAAAAGAACUGGCGUGCGGUUGCGGAAUUGACUGUGGAGGUGAUCUCCAAAAAACCUGGCUCCUCGCCGCUACUGGAUCCGACUCCUUCGCGAAGUCCCACGCCUGUUCUGUUUGACUUCUAUCAAACCGAGUUGCUCAUGGCCUCGCUGGAGGAUAUCACCUCGGCCCACUACAGCAAAGGGUACACGAAGAACAUCUCCGACGACGAACUGGUCGCCAUCCGACUGGCCCUCGCCAGGAACCGAGCCCGAGCGAUUUGCCUCUGA